UGCCACAAACCCAUGUCUCAUUACCUCAACCAUCCGUUAGGUAUGGCGCCAACUACCUCCACCGCCUUCCUCCUCAGCUCCUCAACCCCGUCCAUCUCUCCCGCCUCUUCCUCCACCACAUUCCCGUUCAACUUCAUCUUUCCCGCCAAAGCCCUCUCAACGGUGAAUUUUAGCGCCAAUCCUCUCCACGCCGUCAGUGCCGCCACUUCAGGUAAAGAUCACGUCUUGGGCAGAAGAGGACUGGUGCUUUCACUUACUGCCACACUGCCAUUGCUGCUUCCUUUCUAUGAAUGCACGGCGGCGAAGGCGGCUGAGGAAUAUGAGCUUAUGAAGGAGGAGAUCAGGAAGGUGGUGACGAAGGGUAAGGCUGCCGGCGUGCUUCGUUUGGUGUUCCAUGAUGCCGGGACCUUUCAAAUUGAUGAUAAUUCAGGUGGUAUGGAUGGUUCUAUCGUUUAUGAACUUGAUAGACCGGAAAACAAAGGUCUUAAAAGUCCUUUCAAGGCAUGCCCCUUCUUGACUUCAUAUAUAGAUAUUCUAGAGAAAGCAAAGAGCGAGGUGGAUGCAGUCAACCCAGUGUCCUGGGCAGACAUGAUUGCUGUGGCUGGAGCAGAAGCAGUUUCAAUAUGCGGAGGUCCAACAAUCCAAGUCCCGUUGGGCAGACUAGAUGCAAAGGAGCCUGAUCCUGAAGGAAAACUGCCUGAAGAAAGUCUGGAUGCUUUGGGUCUGAAGCAAAGCUUUCAAACAAAAGGCUUGUCAACUCAGGAACUUGUUGCUCUGUCAGGAGCUCAUACUAUUGGAAAUAAAGGUUUCGGGAACCCAACUGUUUUCGACAAUACAUACUUCAAAAUUCUGCUUGACAAACCAUCUUCAGGUAGCAUGAUUGGCCUUCCCUCGGACCGUGCACUUGCCAAGGGUGAUGAAUGCUUAAGCUGGAUCACAAAGUAUGCCGAGGACCAGAAUACGUUCUUCGAAGAUUUCAAGACGGCUUAUCUCAAACUAGUGAAUUCGGGAGCCAGGUGGAAGAGCUUGUGAAAUAAUUGCAGAAGCGAGCAAACUUGACGUUUAUGACACAGUAAUGGAACACAAUAAAGAGAUCAAGAAGCGAAGCAUUGGCAACAAGGGCUGAGUCUUGCUAGAAUGAAGAAUUAAUUAGCUGCAAGCGUUAAUUGAAUGAUUAGCUGACAGAUAAGGUGAGACCCCAAGCAAGACUUAUCUUGUAUAAUUAACAUUAUGUCAAAUAAUUCAGCCAAUUCAGAUAUGAAAUAACUAAUUUUUGGACUACAAGUAUGGCUACAUGAUGUGAGAAAGUCAAGGUUAUUAGAGCUAUCAUAAAUUUCUCUGUGCAUGACUCAUUUCCUUUUGAACGAGUGUUAUUUGUAUGACAUUUACUUACCGCUUUUCUAUCUGACCAAAACCUUGAGUAUGACUC